AUGGCAGGAGGAGGCUCCCGGCAUUCCCGAAAUUCCAGCGACAAGGACAAUCCCGGGGAGCGGCGGUGGCGCGGCUUUCACCUCCGCAGCGGGGUCGUGACACCCCUCCGUUGUCGCGACAAUUGUCACCGGCCUCUCCUCCUCCUCUGCAGCCGGCCCGGUGGCCCGGAGGUGACAGGAGGGAGGGUGGCAGCGCUGGGUGCCACCACCGGGGGAGGGAAACGCCGGGAUGGGGACACCCCUCGAGGCCCGGCGGGUCCCGGCGCGAAGUCCCCGCAGCCCCGGAAAUUCCCCGGGGGCGGGGACGGGCCCGGGGAUAAAAGCAGCGAGCGCCCCGAGCGGGGCGGGCCGGGAGGCGGCGGACGGACAGACGGAGUGACCGAGGGACGGACACGGCGACGGGUGCGCAUCCCAGAGCCAACACCGAGACCCCGACCCGGACGGAGCCGGGAAGAGCCGCAAGGGACGCGUCCCGGAGAGCCCGAACCGAGCCACACCGGAGAGCCCGAACCGACCCACACCGGAGAGCCCGAACCGACCCACACCGGAGAGCCCGAACCGACCCACACCGGAGAGCACGAACCGACCCACACCGGGGAGCCCGAACCGACCCACACCGGGGAGCCCGAACCGAGCCACACCGGAGAGCCCGAACCGACCCACACCGGAGAGCCUGAACCGACCCACACCGGAGAGCCUGAACCGACCCACACCGGGGAGCCCGAACCGACCCACACCGGGGAGCACGAACCGAGCCACACCGGAGAGCCCGAACCGACCCACACCGGGGUCCGGACCCGCACCGGAUCCAGCCCAGGGACCCUGAACCCACCGACCCCAAAGACCUUGAACCCACCGACCCCAGGGACCCUGAACCCACCGACCCCAGGGACCCUGAGCCCACCGACCCCAAAGACCCUGAACCCACCGACCCCAGAGACCCUGAGCCCACCGACCCCAGAGACCCUGAGCCCACCGACCACCACCGGACCCUCCCCGGUGUUCCCGGCGCAUCCCGGCGCCCCCGCAGGACCGGGAGCCGGUGUCGCCCCCGCAGGACCGGGAGCCGGUGUCCCCUCCGGGAUGGUGGCCCCCGCGCUGCUGGCGCUGGCCCUGGGCACGCUGGGUGUCAUCGCAGCGCCGGCGCUCCCAGAGGCUCCCCGCCUGUCGCUGUCCGCCUCGGACCCCAGGUGGAAGAAGCCGUUCAACGUCACCUGCACCGCGGGGCGCCGCAUCCCCGCCACCGAUUUCACCAUCACCGCCGACAACCGCACGUGGCCGGCCACGCCCGGCCGCGACGGCCGCGGCGCCACCGCCGAGGUCACCGUGGAGCGCGAGGGCAGCGUCCGGCUGGGCUGCUCCGCCCGCCUGGGCGGCGCGGAGAUCCACGCCAACGCCACGCUCCAGGUGUACCAUCUCCCCGUGCCGCUGCUGGACGUCGCCGACGCCGCCGCGGCCGGCGCGGAGCUGAGCGGGCGCUGCUCGGUGCCGGACGGUGCCGGCAGCGACGCCCGGGUGCGGGUGCGGGCCCGGGGACGGGAUCUGGGGGAAUCGAGGCGGCCCCCGGUGAAUUUCAGCGUGCCGGUGCGGGAGGAGGACGCGGAGAAGGGGCUGGAGCUGGCCUGCGUGGCCGAGAUGCCGCCCUUCGCCGCGAGGAACAGAUCGCAGACGAUCCGCGUGCUGGCCAAACCACGGCUGGACACGGAGAGCUGCCCCCCGCAGCAGAACUGGACGGAGGGGCAGGAGGAGACCCUGAACUGCAGCGCCAGGGGCUCGCCUCGGCCGCAGGUGAGAUGUUCCAAGGACGGGAAUUCCUUCCCCCUCGGAACGGCGCGCCGCGCCCACCGCGCCCACGCCGGGACCUACCUGUGCCAGGCCACCAACGAGCUGGGGACGGCCGAGAGAGAAGUCACCGUCUGGGUCCACUACGACGACUCGGUCCCGCUGCUCCCGGUGCUCCUGGGGGUGCUGCUGCCGGCGCUCGCCCUCCUGGGCCUGGCCGGCGCCUUCUUCCUCCACCGCCACAGCACCAAAAUCGGCGAGUACUGGCUCUGGAAGCGGCAGCCGCCGCCGGACGCCCGGCCCCUGCGGCCACCGGGCAGCUCCCAGGCCGCUGCGGCCGCUCCCAACGGAGCCCCGUAGCCGGGGAGAGGCCGUGGAGGGGCCGGGACCCCCGGCCCGUCCCUUCCACCGCGGCCACCGAGGGGACGGCGACAGCGGGGACCGACCGCGGCGGAUGCGGCUCCCGGACUGGGAUGGACUGGGAUGGACUGGGAUGGACUGGGAUGGGCUGGGAUGGGCUGGGAUGGUGACGUCCAGCCGGGCCCUGGCGUGGAUCUCCGGGGUUCGCUCCGGAUUUUUUAUCCCUCGAGUGUUUUUUUGUUUUUUUUUUUUUGGGAUGGAUUUGGUGACUUUUGGAGGUCUCGGAGCUCCGGGCGAGGAGCAUCGGGGUGGUUUUUUGUUUUGUUUUUUUUUUUUUGGGGAUGGAUUUGGUGACUUUUGGAGGUCUCGGAGCUCCGGGUGGGGAGCAUCGGGGUGGUUUUUUGUUUUUUUUUUUUUUUUUUUGGGAUGGAUUUGGUGACUUUUGGAGGUCUCGGAGCUCCGGGCGGGGAGCAUCGGGGUUGAAUCCCGGGCACUUCGGUGCUGGCGGGAGGACAAGGAGCCAGGAGGGAGGGGACAGGCAGGUGACAGUGACACGUCCCACCAAUAAACGCUGCAGGUGACAUCCACUGGGGACAGGACA